AUGAGUCACGCACAUAGCCACGGCCAGAUGCAAACUAUUCAAAUUGCAGAUUGGAAGAAGGCACCACCCUUUAUGAAAUCGACUGCCGAGUACCUUAUGGAUGGCAAGAAAUCAGGACUCAAGUUGCGACAAGGCGUGUUCAAUGGCAAGCGCGUGGAUUAUUUCAAGGGUAAAAGUGCUGUUAGCGCACUUUUGAAGGAAGGCUAUGCUAAAAUGUUGUCCAAGAGCAAGCAAGAUGCGCUAUCGAACCGUGAGGAUGCGAUCAAGGUGAUGAAUGAUCUAGGCAAGCAUGGAUUUAUCUUACGUGUCAAUCGAGGCGAUGCAUUGGGUGGUAAAGGAUCUCCAAGAGUAUUGCAACCCAACUCAGCUCAAGAAAUGCAAGAGGAUGGAUAUUACAUGUGGAUUUACGAAGGAUCUCAAAUCAAGUUAUAUGCUGGUGCUGCUAUGCUUGUUGCUGUGGUCUUGGCGGCUGUGCUUUUCCCUCUAUGGCCAGAGACAUUACGUUUGGGUGUAUGGUAUCUCUCAGUCGGUGUGCUUGGUUUAUUGGGCGUCUUUUUUGGUAUCGCCAUCAUCCGUCUUAUUUUGUACAUUAUCUCAAUCAUUGUCCUGCCUCGUGGUAUUUGGAUCUUUCCCAAUCUUUUUGAAGACGUUGGUGUCGUUGAAAGCUUUAUUCCACUCUGGGGAUGGGAUGAACCAAAGUCUAAGAAGCCUGCUGUCGCUACCACUGAACAACCCGCCGCCGAUACUACUACUACCACUACCGCUACUACUACCGCUACUGAUACGGCUCCAAGUGCUGAAAAGGUGGCAACAAGCAAGGACGACUAA